CGCAACUUCCCUCGGAGAGAGCGCGGGUCUCGGCGCCGCGAUGGAAGGGCGGCCGGGCGGGAGGCGCGGAGCAGGGCGAAGAGAGGCGGCGGCGGCGGCACCCGACGGCGAGGAAGUGGAGAGGAUCCCCCCGCGCUGAGGAGUGGUCUCGCCCUCUCUCUCUUUCUUUCUCUCUCUCUCUCUCGGCCGCGGGAAGAGACCACUUGAGCGGGACGGGGGGAGCCCGAGGAGGAGGAGGAGGAAGAGGGAAAGAUGGCUCUGGAGCAGGUCUACUCUGUGCUGGAAGUGUUCUUGAUAACAAUACUAGUAGUGGAAGGGAUUGCUGUGGCUCAGAAGACUCAAGUUGGCCAGAAUACUGGAGGCAACCGCAUGGCAUCUACCCAGUGCAGCGAUUGGGUGCGAACAAGCAAUGGAGGCCACUUUGCUUCACCGAACUUCCCUAAAUUCUACCCACCCAACCAGGAAUGUGUCUAUAUUUUAGAAGCUGCUCCGCGCCAAAGAAUUGAAUUGACUUUUGAUGAGCCAUAUUACAUCGAGCCUUCGUUCGAAUGUCGCUUUGAUCACCUGGAGGUUCGAGACGGACCCUUUGGUUUCUCCCCCCUCAUUGACCGCUACUGUGGUCUCAAAAGCCCAACCUUGAUUCGAUCAACAGGCAGAUUUAUGUGGAUAAAGUUUACUUCCGACGAAGAGCUCGAAGGAGAAGGGUUUAAAGCCAAGUAUUCCUUUAUACCAGACCCUGACUUCACAUACCUAGGAGGUAUUUUAAAUCCCAUUCCAGAUUGCCAAUUUGAGCUCUCCGGAGCCGAUGGGAUCGUGCGGUCCAGUCAGGUAGAACAGGAAGAGAAAACAAAGCCUGGGCAAGCGGUGGACUGCAUAUGGACCAUUAAAGCCACUCCAAACGCCAAGAUCUAUUUAAGAUUUCUCGACUACCAAAUGGAACAUUCCAAUGAAUGCAAGAGGAACUUUGUUGCUGUGUAUGAUGGAAGCAGCUCCAUCGAAAACUUGAAAGCAAAGUUUUGCAGCACAGUCGCAAAUGAUGUUAUGCUACAGACCGGGACUGGAGUGGUGCGGAUGUGGGCGGAUGAAGGCAGUAGGUUAAGCAGAUUCAGAAUGCUCUUUACUUCAUUCGUGGAUCCUCCCUGCUCGGGCGGCACUUACUUUUGCCAUAGCAACAUGUGCAUCAAUAAUUCUCUGGUCUGCAACGGCAUUCAAAACUGUGCAUAUCCUUGGGAUGAAAACCACUGCAAAGAAAAGAAGAAAACAGGGUUAUUUGAACAAAUCACCAAAACCCACGGGACGAUAAUUGGCAUCACUUCCGGGAUUGUCUUGGUUCUUCUCAUCAUUUCGAUCCUGGUGCAGGUCAAGCAGCCUCGCAAGAAGGUGAUGGCUUGCAAAACUACUUUUAAUAAAACCGGCUUCCAGGAGGUGUUUGAUCCUCCUCAUUACGAGCUCUUUUCGCUGAGAGACAAAGAGAUUUCUGCCGACUUGGCCGACCUCUCCGAGGAACUUGAAAACUACCAGAAAAUGAGGCGCUCGUCCACGACCUCGAGGUGCAUCCACGACCAUCAUUGCGGCUCCCAGGCUGCGGCAGUAAAGCAAAGCAGGACCAACCUCAGUUCGAUGGAGCUCCCUUUCCGCAACGACUUUGCACAGCCGCAGCCCAUGAAAACCUUUAAUAGCACCUUCAAAAAAAGCAGCUAUACUUUCAAACAAGCCCACGAGUGCCCGGAGCAGGUGAUCGAGGAUCGAGUGAUGGAAGAGAUUCCUUGCGAGAUCUACGUCCGGGGCCGGGAGGACGCUGCUCAGGGCUCAUUAUCGAUUGACUUUUAGCCUCCUCUCGAAGGUGAAACGUCGGCCUGUAAAUCUUGUAAAUAGAAUCCAUGUGUGUAAACAAUAAUGUACCAUACAGGAUUUGAUGGAGACGUAAGAGUUCAUACUUUCUUAAAAGCUUGUUUAAUUACUUCCCUUAUUAUUCAUAAACCACUCUUCCCCUUUGAGCAGGCCAACAAGAACAAAACUGGUAUGCAUGGGGUUUCAAAUGUCUCUCAAUGAAGAAAGAAAAACCACAAAAUAUAUAAAAUACUCUUGUCACAGACAGUA